UUUUGUUUUUGCUCUAUAUCCCUUUCUCCCCACGGGACCCGCCUUAGUCAUUGGCAAGAAGAGAAAGAAGUACAACAGGGACUUGUAUGUCAGUAACUGAGUGUCUGCAUGUGAGGGAGUUCGAGCAGGUCAGAAGAAAUGCAACAGCCACUCGCUGUAAGUUAGUGAGGGUUUAAGGUUGUGUUAGUUGUACGGCCAGAGACCAGCUAAAGCAAAGCUUGGGAAAAUGAAUGCAUUUGGUAUCUUUGGAUUGUGGCUUGUGAAAUUGUUGUGUUUUUCGGGACCUGCUUCAGCUCAACUUCCGUCCAGCAGCACUCUGACGUCGACACUAAUCUCCCCUAGCCAGAAGCCCCUGGAUCUGCUCUCGUUUUCACAUCAACUGUACACGUCCAGAGCCACUAAUCUAUCUGUCACCAUCCUCACCGAGUCCUCUGUCGACGUGUUGGCCCGUCUAACACAGGGAAAAGUCCAGUCCAGUGUAUCCGUCACCAUCCCUGGAGGUUUGACUAGAAUUAUUACCCUUCCUCCACUGGAGGGAGACUCCCUCAGCCCCAGCGGCCGGGUGAGGCUGACGCUCAGCGGCUAUCAGGAAGAGCAGCUGAUCUUCUCCAACUCCACCUGGCUGACCGUCAGCCGCAGGAACUUCUCCAGCUCCGUCCAGACGGACAGAGCGUUCUACGGCCCCGGGCAGAAGGUGCUGCUCUGGAUCGCGGCCCUGCAACUGGACAACCGGCCCUACAGAGGACCCAUGGAGAUCAGCGUCUUGGAUCCCGGAGGGAAUAUCAACCAAAGGUGGUACUCCCAGGGAAGUUACCUGGGAAUUGUCUCCCAGGAAUUCUAUCUGUCUCCGAGCCCAGCCAUCGGACAGUGGGCUGUCGUGACCACAAUAAAUGGCCUUACCGACGAGAAGGUAUUCAUGGUGGAAAACCCGGUUGCAGACCCUUCGAUGUUUAACCUGAAGCUUGAGACGGCACCAGAGAUUCUGGCGGGAGAGGGCAUCUCAGGCACUGUGAGAACUAAGUGGGUUCAUUCUGCUAUGAUAUAUGCAACUUUAUCGGUGAAUGUCACCCGUAUUUCCCCUGCAACAGCUCCUGUCCAACUAUUCCUCAGCUAUAAAGGGUUCUAUGUAGAAGAGCAGUUCUUCUUCAGCAAAGUUGCGCUUGCCAGCCUUUAUGAGCCCGGUGACGAAGACAUCACACUGAACAUUACUGCCUCUGUCACUGAAAGCUCUACAGGAUUCACAGAGAAAAGAGUGGUUGCAGUGCGGGUACUGCAAAACGCAUUCAAACUCCAAUUCCGGGAUUUUCCCCAAGUGCUGAAGCCCUCUUUAAGCUUCUUUGCCAAACUCGAAAUCUCAAUGUUUGACGGCAUGCCUCUCGCCCCGCAAGCCCUGCUGAACUCUGCGUCUGUCGUGGUCGUGCAGAAAACCUCCCACGCUGAAGACCAAACUGAAUCCACCACUCUUCCAGUGGUCGAAGGAGGAGUUGUCCUGAUACGGUUUACCUUGCAAGCUAACAUAUCAAUGCUUAUCAUCAAUGCUACGUUCAUGUCCAGCAAGAAGACUUUGAACCUCUUCUCAAAGUUCCCCUCUGCAACUGGCUCAUAUGUUCAGAUCGAACCUUCCAGCUUUCUGCCUGCACAGAUUGGAUCGUCUCAUGAAAUCAACGUGGAGGCUACGUUCCAACUCGCUGAACUUCACUAUGUUGUCAGUGCCAGAGGUCAGGUGUUCACUGCGGGGACACAGGUGGCCUCUUCUUCUCUUUGGCUCACCCCCAUGGUGUCCUGGUUCCCAGAGGUCUGUGUGACCGUCUACUGUGUCCUCCCAGACGGGGAGGUGAUCAGCGACACGCUGCUCGUACCCAUCCAGCAGCCCAACCACGUGUCUCUAAAGUGGAACGAGGACCUCACAGGGCACAACCGAUCGGUUUCCUUCACUGUGACCGUACAGGACCCCAGGUCCCAGGUGCUCAUCCUGGUCACCACGGGAACCCCGGAAGCCCACCUCCCCCUGGAGGACUGGCUGACCAACAGGGACACGGAGUGCAACACUGUGGUGUUGAGCGAUGGCCAACUACUUGGAGCCGGGGCGGCAAUAGAUUAUUAUGCCUUUACUGAACUCAUCAAACUCUGCAAAGAAAUCACCUCAAACAUGCAAGUCAUGCAUAUAACUCCAGUGACAGUACCAUAUUGCUGCUUUUUUGUGUUUGUCAUGUUUUUAGUAUUGUUGGGUUUAGGUGUAAUGAGAUUUUCUGUUGAUGUAUAUGCCAAAUGUUGCAAAAGCCAAUUUCACACCUUCGAUACGACAUGCGUCAGUCCGUCCUUUGUCAUUCCCGACACCAUCUACUCCUGGAGAGUGGAAGCACUGGUGAUGUCCGACGAGCUGGGCUUGGGUUUCUCCGGGUCUGUCACCACCGCCCCACCGAGAGUCAUACUGCUGGUGGAGCAAAACGAGGCCUUUGAGUUUGUUCUCGCCGUGGACGGGGACCUCGCUGUAGUGAAUGCAAAGAAAGUGACGGUGGGGCCCCUGAGCACUGUCAAGGCGUUCUUCCCCAUAAGGCCCUUGGCUCUGGGCGAGAUGGAAAUAUCGGCCGCCAUGUUUUCGGCGGAGGAUUCGCGGAGAUGGGUCCAGACCGUGCUCGUGAAGCCGGAGGGCGUCGCACGCUUCUACUCCCAGACGCUCCUGCUGGAGCUGGCACCCAACACGGACAGCGAUUCAUGGACCACCUCCUUCUCUUUCCCCCCAGAUGUGGUGCCGGGGAGCCAGAGGGUCCAUGUGUAUCUUCAUACACCGACAUUGGACCGCUCUCCUCCACUCCACUCCCCCCUUGCAGGUGACCUCCUGGGCCUGUCAAUGGGGGUUCUGGAGUCCCUGGUAAGCCUGGCCCAGGGCUAUGGGGCGGAGAAUUUUGUGUCCUUCGCCUCCAGCGUCACCAUCCUCGAGUACCUGGAAGUCCUGGAGAACGGCCCCAUCAAAGCUAGGGCGCUGGCCGUCCUGGAAGAAGGUUUCCGGAAGCUACGGUCCUACCAGCGAGACGAUGGCUCCUUCAGUGCCUACGGGAUCAGUGACUCAUCUGGCUGGACAUGGCUGACAGCCUUGGUGCUGCGGACCGUCCUCCGGGCUCAGCCCUACAUGUCGGCGGAGCAGGGCGUGGAGUUGCAGGGCGUGGUGAGGGGGGCCGCCAGCUGGCUGCUCACCCACCAGGGGCCCGGGGGGGCCUUUGUGGAGGCCGGACGCUGGGAGAUGAGGCAUUGCCAGGACGACUGCCCCGCUACACUCACCGCCUUCGUGGUCAUGGCGCUGUUGGAGGACCCGGAGUUCGCGCGCUUGUACGAACCCAAUAUAACUCGGGCCCUAGAUUACCUGAAGAGAGUAGUGCUGCCCACGACCGGAAACUACACCCUGUGUAUGAUGGCGUACGCCCUGGUCCUGGAGGACCGGCCUGCAGCCAGCCGUGUGCUGGCUGAGCUGAGACUGCGUGCCAACUACCUGGACGGCGACCGGUGGAGUCCGUCCGAGGCCCCGCGGGGGGAGGGGGCGUGGGGGGCCCGCUAUGCAGAGGUAGAGAUGGUCUCCUACGUGCUGCUGGCCCUCUCCCGCAACGGCAGGAUAGUGGAAGGCUUCCCUCUCAUGAGGUGGCUGAGCCAACAGAAGAUCCUCCUGGGCUACUGGGGCGUUCAGGUGGGGGCCGUGCUCGUGUUGGGCCCCGGCGCAUAUGCAGGCACUGGCUGUUAGAGCAGGGGUUCCCAACCUUUUCUGUUUCAAGGGCCGGCAUGUUCAUAAGGAGAUGGGGAGGACCGGGAGUCAUUUUGAAUCCAUCAUUUUAAGAUGCAUAAGAUGGUUUAUGUGUCAUAUUCACAACAAUUAAAACAACAGCAAGUCUCAGGCUCCCUUCAGUUAGGCAAUAAUAUAAAGCAUAAUUCUUUUUAUAAGAGAAGCACAUAAAAAGUCACCUGAGACUUAAAUAAACACAAAAGUAUUGCAAAGACAAAAAGCAUUUACCGUGCUUAAUUUACAGUGGUUUAGUUAUAUUAUGAACUAGGUGGCAACAACAAAGGCUAAUUGUAUGAAUUGAAUAAAUAUUUAUAUGUAUGUGUGUACAUAUACAGCCAGCUCUUCGGCAGCAUUUAGGAUGGCCGAUGAGCUGGCUGACUCCUU